AAAUUAAUCCAAUUUUAAUGUUGGACCAAGGCGGCGGCGGUCUUGAUAGCGGCCACCGUGUGGUCGCAAUGCCGGAGAUGACGACGGAAGGCGCCACUUGGCCGGAGAACAAAGAGUUGGAUCAGAAACCUGGUUGGAAGAAAUUUUUAGCGUAUGUUGGCCCUGGAUUUUUGGUCUCUUUGGCAUACCUCGAUCCUGGAAACAUGGAAACUGAUCUUCAAGCUGGAGCAAGCUACGGAUACGAACUGCUGUGGGUAAUCCUUAUCGGAUUAAUCUUUGCGCUGAUAAUCCAAUCACUCGCAGCAAAUCUCGGAGUCUGCACGGGUAAACAUUUGGCAGAGGUGUGUAGAGCAGAGUAUCCAAUACUGGUGAGAUACUGCCUCUGGAUUCUGGCAGAGGUCGCCGUCAUUGCUGCCGACAUUCCUGAAGUGAUAGGGACAGCCUUUGCACUCAACAUACUGUUCCAUAUUCCGGUGUGGGUUGGGGUUCUUUGCACCGGGUUCAGUACUCUCCUCUUGCUCGGCCUCCAGCGCUAUGGCGUGAGGAAAUUGGAGCUGUUGAUAGCAGUAUUAGUGUUCAUAAUGGCGGGGUGUUUUUUUGGGGAAUUAGGCUUUGUCAGCCCUCCGGCGUCCGAUGUCUUGAAAGGAAUGUUCAUCCCUAAACUGAGUGGCCAUGGCGCCACCGGCAGUGCCAUCGCCCUCAUCGGCGCCCUCGUCAUGCCGCAUAACCUUUUUCUUCAUUCUGCUCUGGUGCUUUCGAGGAAGACGCCCACUUCAGUCCGUGGUAUCAAUAAUGCGUGUAAAUACUUCUUGAUGGAGAGUGGAUUUGCAUUAUUCGUCGCGUUCUUGAUAAACGUGGCAAUGGUGUCUGUGUCGGGCUCCGUCUGCUCAGCCAAAAAUCUGUCUGAAGAAAACGCAGCAAAUUGCAACAAUUUGACACUCAACUCUGCUUCUUUCCUCCUCAAGAAUGUAUUGGGGAAAUCAAGUUCUAUAGUGUAUGCAAUAGCACUGCUGGCCUCAGGGCAAAGCUCAGCCAUUACUGGCACUUAUGCUGGCCAGUUCAUCAUGCAGGGCUUUCUUGAGCUGAGGAUGAAGAGAUGGGUAAGAAAUUUGAUGACUAGGUGUAUUGCCAUCACACCAAGUUUGAUAGUGUCGAUAAUUGGAGGCCCUUCUGGAGCUGGCAGACUCAUCAUCAUUGCUUCGAUGAUUCUGUCAUUUGAACUUCCAUUUGCUCUCCUCCCACUACUCAAAUUCAGCAGCAGCUCUCCCAAGAUGGGGCCUCACAAAAACUCCAUUUCGAUCAUAGUGUUCUCAUGGAUUCUUGGGCUGGGGAUCAUAGGCAUCAAUAUAUACUACCUUGUGACAGCCUUCGUCGAUUGGCUGCUUCACAACAGCCUCCCAAAAAUAGGGAACAUCUUUAUAGGGAUUGUGGUGUUCCCGCUAAUGGCUAUGUAUGUAAUAUCUGUCCUAUACCUCAUGUUCCGAAAAGACAAGGCGAAAACGUUCAUCGACACUGCCCCGGCUAAGGACAACGAUGAUCAUCAGCCUUAUAGAGAGGACCUCGCCGAUAUCCCCUUGCCACAGUAG